AUGCAUUUCCUUCCCUUUGGCUUUCUAAUUCUUCCUGCUAUUGCGGGUUCAACGGCCGAUACGAAUGCCUGUUAUGGUUCCAACGUGAUCUUAGCACCUUCAGCGGACCAUCGUCCUGUGCCAUGGGGUACCCCGAGUGUCCAUUUUUCGUUAAAUGGCACACCAACUACGUGCUGUGACUCUAUAGACGAGAUCCGCACCGCACUCGAUGAUAUCGAUGAUGAGAUGCUCGGUCUCCUAAAUCGGCGAGCUGCGUAUGUCCGGGAGGCCACCCGGUUCAAAUCCACACGAGAGUCUGUGAAUGUUCCCGCGCGCAAUGAGGCCGUCCUCAAGCGGGCCGAGCAGCAGGCGCUGGAUAUUGGGGUGCCAGUGACGAUUGCCCGGGCGGCCAUGGGCGCCAUUCUGAAUUCCAGCGUGCCUUUUGAACGGUGCAUUUUUGAUGCCUAUAAUCAGAGUCAUGCUGAACACAAAUGGCCCCCACUGUAA